GAGAUAUACACGUUCAAUGUUUUUAAUCUUGUACAUUAACCCAAAAUAAGUAACUUAUUAAAAGUGCAUUUUCAUUUUAAAAAAGACAGUAUUUGAAAAUAUUCUAUCAAUAUUGAAAUACCAGAUCGCGGAAAUUGGUGACACAAUUUGGAAGCGACUCUGGUUUUGCUGUGAAAAGUGGUAAAAGUCCUGGAUUUAGAAUAAAACAGGAUGUCAAAAGGAGACAGCAAGCCAAAGACAUCAGAUUGGACGCGGUGCUUCGAAGGAAUAGCAGAUCUCAGUGGGACUAUAGCUGGGUCUUCCAAAGCAGCUGCUGUAAAGAGGAAAUCUGCAGAUAACUUCGGAUUUGGUCAUGGAAACAUUUUUGAGAAGCUGGGACUGGCAGGGAACGAGGAUGCUACAAGUCAAUCGAUUGUUUGGAGUUCAAGUGAAAGUGAUGGAGAAGCAGAGAAGACAGGCUCAGCAGUAACACCAGUGGUAAAGAAACAGCGAAGGGGGUGGGGUCGAACCUCCCCCAAAAAACUGGCCAGAAACAGCUUGAAAUCAAAAGCUUCCACUGCGGCAGAUGCUGUGGAGAUACUUACCGUGUCUGAUGAUGAAACAACUAAACAAUCCAGCAUCACAGCAGGGAAAACAAAUGAAACUAAAGCCUAUGGAGAGGAGAUUUCGAUUGCUGGCUUUGAAUCCGGUUCAGAAGAGGUUGAACCAUGCAAAAACCAAGAAGUAAAGACAAUAGUAUCUCAAGGAGACAGUCAGCCCUGCAUUUCAAGCAUGGACUCCCUGAGUCCCCCUCCCACGGGUGCGGCCCUUCCCACAGGCGUGGGCAGGAAGGCCAGUGAUUGGUUCAAGUCCUUACAGCUGAAGACCCCAAGCAAGUCAGAGCAGGGACCGCAGGACGAUGGGGCACCAGACUCGGCAAAGAAGAAGAAGAAAAACAAGAAGGGUGGUCUAGCAGAGCAGAUGUUGCGGCUCCAGGCUCGAGACCGGUCUUCUGUCCGUAUGUGGGCUCACAAGCAGAACAAGCCCUCUGCAUCCCAAGAUUGCAAGUCCAGCACGCUGACGGUGCUUAGUGUAGAGUCACUGUACUCUUUGCAGCUGGUGCGAUGUUCCAUGUCAGUGUCCACAAGUGGGGCCGGAGAUCUGGUUCCCGCGUCAGGCACCGAAGACUUGGCCAGCAGCUCACAACUGGUUCUGUUUACUAGGAACCAGGCAGAGCAACUGAACCUCCAGACUGGAACUCAGUUCAAGAUCUUUCCACCUUGGCAGCAACUGGAGCUGAAUGGAGGCCAGAUGGUGUUGCUGUGCACCAAGUACUGUCUGCUGCAGUCAGGGCCCUCCCCCAGGGAUGAGAGGCAGGCCACACACCCCUUAGAGAAAUAUGGGAGCCCUGUUCGGGCUUCCUGGAACUGUCCGUGUGUGCAAGGACUGUGCCGCAGUAUGUCCCUGUGUCCAGCCAGCAAGUUCCCUGCCGUGGCUGGACAUCUGCAGGAAUCCACUACCACUAUUGACAACCAAAAGCAAGAGAUCCCUACAGAUCUCAGUAAGGGCCCCUCGCCACGAAAGCCAUCCCAUCUUCAGACCGUCUCUCCUAGCAAACCCAUCCGGACAUUGUCGUGCGGGGGCGUGGUUGAAGAAGACACUUGUGACUCCAUCUUGAAGAGUAUUCAAGGGAGAAAACUCAUCAGUGUUGAGCCAGGGAACACCACUUUGGCUCACAACUUGAAGUUUACUGCUCACGUUCAUAGACAUAUUGUGCAAUUUAAGAAGGAUGACAUGACAAGCUACAUACUGGUAGUGGAGGACAAUGAGGGCCAUGUGGGUGUGGUCAGGCUACCCCUUGGGAUGUACACCCCCAUCCUGGGGCUUGACGGAUGCGAGGGACGCACCCUGCGCUUUGAAGGGCUCUCUGUUACCGACAGGGUUACACGCGACAGGGAUGAAGCCCUGUUCUCGAUGGUAGACCAGGUGUGGUCAGGGAAGGUCUCAGACCCGAGUCAGGACAGCUCAUUCUCCCAGGAACAGCCACAUCAAGUAUCCAAUGGCAAGCAGGACUUCUGCUAUAUCAUGUCUGCAGGUCCCGAUGGCCCACCCAGUAUUCAUGUCCUACAAUCCUCCAUUAUACCAGCCAGCCAGCAGAGUGAUGUGCCCCUGGAUACUCUUCUCAUCAAUCAGGUUGACCCUGUCAGAUGCAGUGUCAUUGCACGCCUCAUUUACAUACAUAAACAGAGCGAUGCUACCCAGCCAUGCCUGGUCUACAUCACGGACCCCUGCAUACAGAAGUCCUGCCCCUAUGUCACAGUGCCCCUCAGUAGGGAGAUCAGCCUUCCUGACGAGGUAACCAUGGCAAAGGGAAAGACCGCCAUCUUGCUCAGGGAUGUACUGGUGUCACAAGGUGGUCCACAAAUCGACAGCUACACUCUGUUGAAACUGCUCACGCCUACCAGUGUUGUCUCUGACCGCCCACGCAGACAGCUGGUGGCCAAACUGCGGGCCAUGCAGGUGCCUUUGAAACCACUCAGCCACGACCUUGUGGUCAACGAUCUCUGUCAAAUUGAAGGUGUUAUCAGUGAGGUGGAUGAGGAUUCUGCGUACAGUUGGGAGGCGUGUGUCCACUGCGGAGGUGAUCAGCUGAAAACUGACUCGAACAACAGUGGAUUUGUGUGUUCUUCUUGCACAAAGACCAUGACUGAAGGGGUGACUAGGAUGAAGAUGGAGGUGAUGGUUGUGUGUGACGUCUCAAAGUGUAAAGCAAAGAUAGAUUUACUGCAGAGGACCAUAGAGAAGCUGCUACCAGCCGAGGAGGGGGAUGAGGAAGGCUAUGAGUUGUCAAGUGUCCUCAACAAGAGUGUCGGACCCCUACACUGCAUGGUCAGCAACAAGACAAGUGAUCUUGUCACCCUCCGGGAAAUAGACAUGCUCACCUGAUCUUGGAAAUAGACAAGCUAACAUGAUCUGUGAAAAUGACAAGCUCAAUUGAUCUCUGGGAAAUAGACAUGGUCACCUGAUCUGGGAAAUAGACACGCUCACCUGAUCUGGGAAAUAGACAGGCUCACAUGAUCUGGAAAAUAGACACGCUUACCUGACUUGGGAUAAAGCUAUGCUUACCUGAUCUGAGCAAUAUACAUGCUCACCUGAUCUGGGAAAUAGACAAGCUCAAUUGAUCUAUGAAGAAAACACAUGCUCACCUGAUCUGGGAAAUAGACAUGAUCAUCUCAUCUGGGAAAUAGACACACUCACAUGAUCUAUGGGAAACAGCUAUGCUUACCUGAGCUGGGAAAUAGACAUGCUCAUCUGAUCUGGGAAAUAUACACAUUCACCUAGUCUAAGAAACAGACAAACAUGAUGAUGAUAUUCCGGCUUUUGGUGUGGGUGUUCUGUUUUUAGCUCACCUGUCAUGAAGUGACAUGGUGAGCUUAUGUGACCGUGUGAUGUCCGUUGUCGGUAU